AAUAUGUCCAUUUCAGAUUCUCAGAUAAUAUAGCCAUUUCUCUCUCAUUAUAGUUCUAGGGCCGAACCUGGAUAUCAUUAAUCAAUCAUCAGGCCUCAGCUUCUGUGCGGCUUUUCAUCGAAUAGGUAGAGACCAUGAUUAAGCUGUUUAAAGUAAAGGAAAAACAAAGGGAGAUUGCUGAAAAUGCAAAUGGGAAACCUCCUGUGAAGAAGCAAAGUGCAGGAGAACUCCGUCUUCAUAAAGAUAUAAGUGAGCUAAACCUGCCAAAAACAUGUAAUAUGUCUUUCCCUAAUGGGAAAGAUGACCUCAUGAACUUUGAGGUUUCAAUUUGGCCUGAUGAAGGAUACUACUCAGGUGGCACAUUCCUAUUCUCCUUCAAAAUUUCUCCUAUAUAUCCUCACGAAGCACCAAAGGUUAAAUGCAAGACAAAGGUUUACCAUCCAAACAUUGACCUGGAGGGGAAUGUCUGUCUUAACAUUCUUCGAGAAGACUGGAAACCAGUGCUGAACAUUAACACCAUCAUUUACGGCCUAUAUCAUCUCUUCACUGAACCAAAUCACGAGGAUCCCCUCAAUCCAGAUGCAGCAGCUGUGUUGCGGGACAACCCAAAGUUGUUUGAAUCCAAUGUGAGACGGGCAAUGGCUGGAGGAUACGUUGGACAGACAUUCUUUCCUUCUUGUGCAUAAUCUUAGAGCCAGAAGUGCAGUUGCUGUGAAGUCUUGACAUCAGAAGCCUAUAAAGUUUGGCCUGGAAACUUAAUUGUGCAUGAUGUGAAACUGUUGCAAUGCGAUUUGUUUGUAAGAGAUAUAAGAGAUAGACCUCUGUUUGGAUGAAGUUGCUUAUAAAUUAAAUUUGCUAUUGCACAUGGUGUCCAUAUUUUCCA